GGCUCUUCCCUUUCCCUUCCCGCCUGUGCGCCCGCCCGACCGGGCAGGAAGGGCGGGGCGGAGCGCGGCCCGGCGCGACGGCGCAUGCGUGUGCGUGCGCGCGCUCCGGGCUCUCUGCGUGCCCACGCCAGCCCGCGCUCGAGCCCGGAGGCGGGAGUUUGUCCUCGCGACUGCUCGGCGUGGGGGCGGGGUUCCGGAGAGCUAGGCUUGUGCGGCACGGGUGAGAGCUCUCGGGGUCGACGGGUCCACCUGAGAUGGAGGCAUGCAGUGGCCGGCCGCCCGCUGGGGAGGGUCCGGAGAGCCAGCUUUGCGGGGGCAGUGACGGGCCAGUCCCCCGGGAGGAGCUCACGCCGGCGGGAAUGAGUCAGGGUAAACAACCUGAUGGCCGAGAAAGAAAUGGGAAGAAAUCUGUGGUCUCCAGUUCAGGUGAUUUCAGCGACCCGAUUUACAAAGAGAUUGCUGUUACCAAUGGCCACAUUAACCGAAUGAGUAAGGAAGAGCUCCGAGCUAAGCUUUCAGAAUUCAAGCUGGAGACCAGAGGUGUGAAGGACGUUCUCAAGAAGCGGCUCAAGAACUACUACAAGAAGGAGAAGCUGACCCAGCAGCGGGUGGACGGGGACGCCGGCAGCUACUAUGACUACAUCUGCGUCAUUGACUUCGAGGCCACCUGCGAGGAGGGCAACCCCGCUGAGUUCACCCAUGAGAUCAUCGAGUUUCCCGUUGUCUUACUGAAUGCUCACACGCUGGAGAUCGAAGAUACCUUCCAGCAGUAUGUGAGGCCAGAGAUCAACGCUCAGCUUUCUGACUUCUGCAUCAGCCUCACAGGAAUUACACAGGACAUGGUGGACCAAGCUGACACUUUCCCUCAGGUGCUUCAGAACGUAGUGGACUGGAUGAGGCUGAAGGAACUAGGAACGAAAUACAAGUACUCCAUACUGACGGAUGGUUCAUGGGACAUGAGUAAGUUCCUGAACACCCAGUGCCGAGUCAGCGGGCUCAGAUACCCUUCUUUUGCCAAAAAGUGGAUCAAUAUCCGGAAGUCGUACGGAAACUUUUACAAGGUUCCUCGGAACCAGACCAAGCUGACUAUCAUGCUUGAAAAGCUGGGCAUGAGCUAUGACGGGCGGCCCCACAGCGGCCUCGACGACUCCAAGAACAUCGCCCGCAUCGCGGUGCACAUGCUCCGCGACGGCUGUGAGCUGCGGGUCAAUGAGAAGAUGCACGGGGGCCAGCUCACCAGCGUGUCCUCCUCUUCGCCUGUAGAGGGCGCCCCCGCCCCACAGAUGCCGCAUUUCCGAAAUUAACCAUUAAGGGUCGCUGCCUCCUGGGUGGUAACUCACAGCUUGGGUUGCUCCCGAAAGUUAGCAGAUGGUCGAUCGUUUGUUGAACUAACUCUACAAUGCAAAAUUCAAGCACCUUAGACAUGUAAAAUUUUAUUACAGAUAUGUAUGCAUAUAUGUGUAUUUUGUUGAACAAAUAUAUGUAUAUAUGCGUGUGUGUAUAUAUAUUUGUUGAACAAACAGCGGAUGGAGGGAAUAUUUGAAUUCAAUGCCACCAGCACUUUUAGUUCUUAAAGUAUUGUUAAUUCUCAUGUAUGUGUUUGUGUGUGUGUGUGUCUAUACUUUGGCGCGCACACACAGGCACAUAUGUGUGUGUGUAUAUAUAUAUCUGUACGUUCCUUUUUGGAAGUGAGCUUAAUGAUUUAAGGAUACAAGGUGCCCAGUCUGUGCUCGGGUGGGCUUGUCCUUAGCCAAAGUGCACUCCCUACCCCGGGGAAGUGCCUGUGAAGUCAUGCAUUCCUGUCUCCACAUCUGACCCAGAUGACCUGGACCAGAGGAAGGAAGGCUGAGGUCAAGAGUAGGCUGGCAGGCCACUCUCCGACUGAUGCAUGUGGCACAGUCGCUUACCAAGUCACUGGUAGUUAGAAGAGCAGCAUCAGUGUCUCUCUGGGGGUGUGGUUGGGCACAAUCAGGUCAGGUCACAGGAUCUGAUGAAAAAUUUACUUAUUAACGCAGAUUACUGACAAAUGGAAAGACAAUGGAGUUUGGGGAAAAUCACAGAAAAUAUAACGGACUUAAUUCUACAGUUUUUAUGAGGGUUAGGUUUUUAGGCCUUUUUUUCCCUGCCACACAGCGAUAGCCUGAAAGUUUGUGAAACCAGGUAAAUAAUAAGGAGGUUAUGAGGCCUGCUUAUCUCAAAUUAGUCAUAGAAAUCAAGUAUCACCAGUGGUGUUCAGCAAAGCCAAGGAGGAGAUUAAGUCAAGUAAUGUAUUCCACCCCAGUUUAUGUUUUUAGGAGACUGAGGAGCUCUUAGCAUCAGAUGGUCCUUGGAGGUCGUUUAGAACAUCCCUCAUGUUGCAGGGAAGGAGGCCUGGCGUGGAUGGCUUCUCAGCCCCCUGCCAGCUCGCUCUCUGCAGUGUGUAAAAAGACCCAAACCAGGGAGGCCUUUAUGGUCAGCUUUAUUUCCACUAGGUUGUAUGUAAAUCAUUGAGUUGCCCACCACAUGUUAAAAAACUGAUCGUUAAUACUGAGACAGGAAAAGAUCACUUCUGAUAUACAGGAGGCAAAAAUCUUGUUUGGUUGUAUUCAGAGACUUUAGCUUCACUAGUGGUCUUCAUUUAAACGUACUGGGCACCCCCAAAAGAGGCUGGGGGACUCCGGCCAUCCUGCUGUCUUAUUAGGGCAGGCCUCAGCACCUGCAGAGCAGUGUGAUAGUGAAGAAGAGAGGUGCUCCAGCAGGGUGGGCACGUCGGCUCAGUAUUUGAUGGACGUACAUCAAAGACUGCACCAUUACGGCAUUCUUUAGUCUGCUGCAUUGUAUUAUGUUUUUGUUUUUAUUUUAACUUGAAAUAUACCCUUUAUUUAAAGACCUUUGAGUACACAUACAAGGGUGUGCUUGAGACUGUGGUUAUUCUGUCUGCCUUUGGGGCAAGAGCGUGCAGUUUCGGUAAAAGGUGGAUUGAUGGGGUCAUGUUCGAGAGCUCAGAGCCGUGUACACCACGUUGCUUUAGAAAACCCGAUGUGGAUCAACUCUGAAAGCAAUCAGAUCUCAGUGUUGGGAGUUUGUUUCUUUUCCCUUUCCAAGGUCCUUUUAAAAACCCCACCCUAAUUCUUAGGAGGUCUUUGUUUUUGUCUUGUUCGGGAUGCCGACCCCUUUAAAGUCACCGUGCUGUUGCCGCAUGCACCUCUCUCUCAGGCUUCAGAAGGUCAUGCUCUGUCUCUGCAUUGCUGGCCAAACCAAAUAUUGAUUUAGUGUGAACACCAUGUACCCUCCCAGCCUGUCUCGGAGCUCCUGUGCUAUCGAUCUUUCCAACCCAGCAUGACUUCCUCUGUUGGAUGAUAGGCCCCCACCAGCCCUUCCCUGUCACCAGUCAGGACUGUGUUUAAUUGAACAGUCUGGAAGGCCAGCGCUUUGGCAGAGGCCCGGAGUUUGUUGUUUCGUGGUGGCGGCAGCAUCCCUUCUCACGCAGACAAAUGCCUUCCUAGUGUUGAGGCAUGCACCUUAGAAGCAGUGCUAGAGAAAGUGUUUUAUUUUGUUAUCUUUUUAUAAGUGGCCUUUUGUCUUGAUUUUCCUUUGAGUCAUCUGGAGUUGACUAUGCUUGAAAUUCCUGUUAAUUCUUGUAUCUGCUAGACAAGCGGUUUAUGGGUUUCCUGUUUGGUUCAAGCCAGAAACCACUGCAAGCACCAAGCAACCCAUCAGUAUAGCUUGUCUGUUGUGCCCUUUGGUACUUUGGUUGUUGUGUGGCUGUCCAGGCCAAAGGCCCUAAACCAGUUAUUUUACAGACUUCCUCUUCUGUUACCUUCUCUGUGACCAAAGUGCCUAAAGAGGGCAGCAGGAUGGGUCUGCCUGAAGGGGACCUGCGGGAGCUGGCCCAACAUUAGCCACAAGAAUCCCUGCCAGGUCCAACACCGAGAGUGGAAGGAAGCACAUCGUGCCCAUUCGCCCCGAGGAGGGAGGCACUGGCCAGAAUUCCAGGGGUGUGAUCGUCAAGUGGAGGGGAGGGGUUUAGUGGAAGGGGACCAAGCAGCAAUGGUGAAAGGAGAGCAGUGUAACCAAAGAGCUUACUUACCACCACUUUCUACUAUCUGCCUUGGAGACUACCUGCUUUCUUGGAUUUGUUUGUCUUCAAUUUGUUAAAGUAUUGCUGUUAUCUUUUUUGGGGGGGUGGGGGGAGGGCGGAAGAGGAAGGGAUGAUGGAUGGAAUUCAUACGUUGUGUGCUUUGUUCUGAAAUAAAAUCAUGCACCUUUUGUUAUCUCCCA